CAUGAGCAGCCAGCAGCACCAUCAGCCGCCGAGCUACGCCACCGACCCAAACACGAUGUUCGUUCAAGCAGAUCCCUCCAAUUUCCGCAACAUCGUCCAGAAACUGACGGGAGCACCACCGGAUCUCUCCUCCUCCUCAUCCGCUGCACAACAGAAGCUUCCCUUAACCCCGAAAAAGCCAGCGUUCAAGCUUCACGAACGACGUCAAUCAUCGAAGAAAAUGGAGCUGAAGGUAAACAACAUCACAAACCCGAACGACCCUUUCAGCCAUUUCCACCGAGGGUUCCUCGUGUCUCCGGUCUCUCACCUCGACCCAUUCUGGGCGCGCGUGAGUCCACAUUCAGCGCGUGAAGAGCACCACCACGCGCCACCGGACAAGGAAGAGCAAAAAGCCAUAGCCGAGAAAGGGUUCUACUUCCUUCCGAGCCCGAGAAGCGGCGCCGAGCCAGCACCAGAGCUUUUGCCACUGUUUCCUCUUCGUUCUCCUAACGGCACUAAUCAUCGGAUUGAAGAUAACUAUCGCGACUCUUAACUUAUUAGAAGAGCUCUCUCUCUCUCUCUCUCUCUCUCUCCCUAAUCGUCGUAAUUUUGAGUUUUAGGCUAUUAAAUUAAUCUUAAGUGGGUGACACGUGAUAUUAUUAUUAUUACUGCUAUUGCUUUUUACUAUUUUUGUUAGGGCUAAUAUCUCGUUUUCAUUUAACCUUAGGCUUUUUUUUUUUUCUUUCUUUUUUUCUCUCUUACGAAGGUCAACUAUUUCGGCGCGUGUAGUCCACUACCUUUUAGAUUAUAAAAAUCUUAUUUUCAUA